AUGUCUUCCCUCCGCGCCCGCAGUAGUGGGGACGAAGGCGCAGGCACCGGAGACCAAUCACAGGGACCGGUGUUCUUCAACUGCCACAUCGGACGUGUAUACUACACCUACAAUCAGGGGACCGCCGGAUCUGGCCCGUCCCGGCGUAUUGGCGUUGUAGCGGCGGAGAACAUCAGCGACUCGGAAACCCCGUCUCCUACGAGCGUAGCGGGUACAUCAGGCUCCUCCUCACGAUUUUGCGCCCGGCACACACAUGGAGUGUACCGCAGAGCAGGACGCCAGUCCAGCCUCUGGACAAACACUUCGUCAUCCCCGCGAAUGGCCCGCACGUUUAUGCGGCUGCGGCGCCCAACGCUGCUGUUCCCCGAUUAUAGCGACCAUGCCUGGCAUAUGCCUCGCCGCCGCCGUGCGGCAUCCAGCCGCCCCGUGUCUCCCCGGCAAACGGAGAUCUUGUCCAGUAGCGACAGCGAGGAUUACUCUGUCUCAGACUUGGAUAGCAAUUCAGACCCGUCGGGUUCGGUUCCGCCCUGGGUGCUCCGCACGAUCCAGGAACUGACUUCGGACCUUGACCUCGACCAGAGCCGCCUCGAUUUCGACCGCCUUCGCCUAGACGAUUUGAAGCAAGAAAUUGACUGGAUCAUAUCUCUGGAUAUGAUGGCCAGACACGGUAAUCGGCCGGUGGUCAGGGACGGUGGGGUGAACGGUGUCGCGGCGGGAUCCGAGCCGAGGCGGCAAGUCAAUGGGGUGAACGGGAAGGACGGCGGUGCCGAUACUGGUGUUAGCGCAGACGCGUCCUCGUGUUGCCCGGGCAGGGUGUCUCAGGCGACGACAGUGGUUGCCACAGGCGAGAAGGAAGCAAGUGUCCCUGGGAUUGGCCGAGUUGGUGCAGCGCGUCAAGUCCCCGCGGCGGACUCGGGAUACGAGGCCGGGUCGGAGGCUGGGAGAGCGAGCCUGGGACCGGUGACGCCGGCAGAGGGGAACGAGGCAGAGGUCAAUGGCGUGGGGCCUGGUGUUGAAACUGUCCAACUGGGGGAUGAGUAG